CGAAGAUAAACACAACAUGAACCGCGGAGCGCACUCUGUGCUUAUUAGAGUUUCUGUUUGGAGCUAUCUGAGGUGCAACAGCUUUGUGCUUUAUUUACUACAGAUGAGGACUUUAGUCUGGAAUGAUGAUUUAUAAAGCGUGAGCAAUACGUCUGUACACAGUAAAUGGCACCAUGAAUGUGCAAUGGAAGGACAGCUGGACUCUGGUUCAGUAGGAUGAUUGUGUAUUGACUUCUGCAGCUGGAGACUUCGGCAGUGCAGACUGAAAAUGUAAAGCGUCAAACUGCCCGAUGUGCCAAAUUGACCUACGCUGACUCUGGUAACCAGGAAUCCAGCAAUCACAUGGGGCUCUGCACUUGUAACUACUUCACAUGAGGAGCAGGGGAUUUGAAAAAGUAAAAAAGAAGCAACGCUUGUGGCCACUACUUACAGCUACUGGGUGCCCGAGAACUGCACACUGACUGGAUAUAACGACGAUAAACACAGGCAUGAGGCACUGGCUGAGGUAAAUAACUGGAGCACCAUGAAAAAACGAAAAGCAAAGAAACUGUGGUGGUUGCUACUGGUGUACGCGGCGCUCUUGCUGCUUCUGCUCUUCUCUCUGUUAAUGCAAGAAGGCGGCGGCGGAAGCUCAAGAGGGGACAGAGAGGAGAGAAUUCCCCUGCGACCAUGUCCCAAUCUAGAGACUUCGUUGUGGGAGCAGGACCCGGUCCUCCCGGAGGUAGUUGGCUCCCCGCCGCCCCGCACACAUAUUUAUCUGCACGCUACCUGGCGAACCGGUUCGUCUUUCAUUGGGGAGAUCUUCAAUCAGCAUCCGCAGGUCUUCUAUCUGUACGAGCCUGCCUGGCACAUGUGGCAGUCGUUAUACCCGGGGGAUGCAGAAAGCCUGCAGGGGGCGCUGCGGGACCUACUUGCCUCGCUAUUCCGUUGCGACUUCUCUGUCCUACGCCUGUACGCAGCUAGUAACCUCAGCACUGCUGGGGUGUUUGGCAGCCGGAGCAACAAGGUGAUGUGCAGCGCCCCGCUAUGUUCUGCCGGGAAACCACGCGAGCGAGUCGGCCUAGUUGAGUCAGGGGACUGUGAAAAACGCUGCCCGGGCCGCCCGUUGUGGGAGUUGGAGAAGGAGUGCAGGCGCUAUCCGGUCAUGGUUAUAAAGGACGUGCGGCUGCUUGAUAUGUCUGUGCUGAGGCCGCUGCUUCAAGAUCCAGCGCUCAACUUGCAUAUUGUGCAACUUUUCCGGGACCCGCGCGCAGUGCACAAUUCGAGACUGCGCUCUAAGCGCUCGCUACUGCGAGAGAGCCUACAGGUCCUGCGGAGCCGCGCACGGGGAGGGGACUCUGCCGCCCGGGCCAUACAACAGAAGCAGCUACACCGCGGAGGAACUGAUUACUUGCUUAGUGGUGCUAUGGAGAUCAUAUGCCAGGCCUGGCUACGGGACCUGUUGUUGCUCCGCCGCGGAAAUACUCCGCCCUGGCUGAACCAACGAUACCUGAGGCUCCGCUACGAGGACAUUGUACUGCGACCACAGGAGGAACUUAGACGCUUGUUACGUUUUUCCGGGCUUUCAGCUAAAGUUGAGCUAGAGGAGUUUGUAAUGAACAUGACGCGCGGUUCCGGGUACUCCUCUGAGCGGCCCUUUGAGGUGUCUGCGAGGGACGCACGUGAGGCUUUGGCAGCCUGGAGGGAGAGACUGAGUAGGGAACAGGUCCACAAGGUGGAGGAAGCUUGCGGAGAGGCUAUGACCGUGCUGGGAUACAAACCUGAUACCCUGGGUUGGGGCUAGUGAAAACAGACGCUGUGCAUUAUAUGCAUUACCUAGUCUUUCCUUGUAGUACUGAACUGCAGGAGACAUUUAAACGCUUUUUAGUGGUGUAACUGACAUGGAGUGCAUUCAAUUUUAGAUGCAGUACUGUGGACAGUGCUAUAAGGUAAAAAUAUCUAAAACAGCCCUAUAGGGAAAGGGGUUAAAUACAUAGCUAAAGUCCAGCUUGGAAACAUUGAGUAGGAAACAUUGCUGCUCUUAAAUGGAUCAUUGGAGAUGAUGGGUUAAUUUAACCCCUUUGCAGGUGUUAAGCGCAUUAUAAAUGCACACUAUUGUAAAACUGCAGAAUAAACAAAGUGGACAUUCUAAUGCAAUUAAUAAAUACAUUCUUUAUUUAAAUGGACCAGCUAUCCUAAAACAAGAUCACUUCUCUUUUAAUGGUAUCUGAUGAAAAAAUGUAAAAGUGAAAGUUUUCUAAAAAUGGCAAAGUACCUUUGUUCUGUUUUGCUGUGUACUUGACCAUCUUUGGGGUCCAAAAAAGUUGGGGCUAUGACAGGUAAUCUCUGAAAAUAUCCAAAGGUUUUUAAAAUGCUUAUAUUCCCUUUUUAAUCUAUUGUAAUAAAAUGCUCUAGUUUGAGAAUAAGAAGUUAUUUAUCAAUAUAACAGCAUUCUGAAUGUUAUUUAUUACAAUAAAAAGUAAUGUUAUGUUUAUUUUACAACACUUAGAUUACUGAUUUUGUUUACAAUUGAUUAGUUACAACCUUGGUUAAUAGAAAACUGUUCUGUUUUUUGGCAUUAAUAUUUAAUUUGUGAUCUCACAUGUUUGUGUUAGAUCACUGUUUUUCAAACCUGUCUUCAGGUCUCAUAACAGGCCACAUUUUGUGGUUAUCUGAACUGGAGCACAGGUUAAAUAUUCAGCUGAUUACUAAACAUGGUUAUUUUACCGGCUCUCAUCCAAAGUAAUCAUGAAAACCUGGACCGUUGGGGAGGCCCAAGGACAGGUUUUGAAAACCAGUGCAUGUUAUUGAAAGAAAAUUGGUUACUCAUGAAAAUGAUAGAUUCUGCCCUAUUUCACUCUGACAUUUAUUAGAAGGAAGGAAAACUGCCCGUUGCAGCAAAAUAAGUUACAGCUUGUUACAAAGGUACAAGAAAGUACUCUGUUCCAUAUAUAUUUUUUUUUUCCAAACCAUUUAUCAUGCAUAACAUUUCCAUACUCCUGGAGUAUUAGCAGGUGCUGAGGAUUCACAGAUUGAUAUAAACUAUUGUUAUCUGUUAUGUGCUAAAGAUAUGAAGAUUACAUUGGUAUGACUUUUGUGAUAGGCACAAUUAUAACAAUCAUCAGAUUUGAAGCUACAAACUAAAGAAUGUGUUAUUAAAGUUGUCGUUUAAUUGUGUUAUUACCAAAAUAGAUAAAAAUAGAAGCGUAUUGCUGCUUUCAUAUUUCUUAUGGACAAAAGGUGGAUUUGUUUAAACACAUUUAUACAUUUUCCAAGAUAUGUGUCAUACUUGUCUUUAAAAAGACAUAUCUAAUUUUAUUUAUUUUUGGAGUAUAGUGACAUAGCAUUUGAAAGCACUGUCUCUGCUGUAGCCAAUUAGGGACAUAACAAUUAACUACUAUACUGAUCAAUCACUGUGUAUAAUGUAGGAUUAUGGUUCUGAAGUGUGUUGGACCAGAAAUGGGGGGGAGGUUUAUUUGAAUGUUGUUUGGGUUUGUAUUCUCUUUAUAAAUCAUGAACAAAACAUUGUGGUUUUAAUGUUACAGCACUGUAAUAUGUUGGUGCGUUAUUAAUAAAUUGAUGAUGAUAGGAAAGUAGAACGCACUGUCUGUUUGGCGGACUAUAUGGCAGGCAAAAGUGCUGUGACCUAGCGGUUGUGCAAAUAUAUAACACUCUUGCAAAACUGAUGCCAUAUAGUGCUGAAGCCAAGUGCACGCUCCUGAGCUUACAUUUCUGCUUUUCAUCAAAUGAUACCAAAAGAAGAAAUAACAUUUUUAUAAUUUACUAAGUUUAAAAAAAAAAAAAAUAGCAUGCUGUAUCUGAAUCACAAAAUAAACAUUUUGGGUCUCCUCUCCCUUUUAAAGAAAAAAAGUAAAUGGGGGGGGGGCAUCAUUUUCAGAGUUAAAUUACAGGAGAAGAGGGCAAAUUUAAAGUACAGGUAGCCCUCAGUUUACGCUGGGGUUAGGAUCCAGAAGGAAUGGUUGUAAAUCAAAACCGUUGUAAAUUGAAACCCAGUUUAUAAUGUAAGUCAAUGGGAAGUGAGGGAGUUAGGUUCCAGGCCCCUCUAAAAAUAAUGUAUUAGGUGUUACUUAUGCCAAUUUUGAAAGCUUUGAAAAAAAAUACAUUAAAUGCUAAACAGCAUUAUAAACCUAAUAAAAUAAUCACACAGCACAGACUUUACUUGCAUUUUUCUGCAAACAGUUCUUUAUAUGCAUAACAAUCGGGACUGAUUUAUAGACAGGAAGAUCUUAUUCCUUUGCAAGCUGCUCAAUAGCUCAGGUCUGGUUAAACUGAUUAAUUUCAGCUUGUUUGGCUUGCAUAUCUUUGCUGCAACACAAGCGGACAGCUCCAUCUACUGGCUGUUUUAAUCAAUGCACUGCUUCUCAAUGCUUUUCAAUAGCAGUCACAUUACUGGGGAAAAAAAGUUGUUGUUCUGAAACGGUGCAAAUUGAACCGUUGUAAACCAAGGGCCACCUGUAUACUGCAAACAGUUUAAUUUUCCAGCAUAAUUUAACAUUUUAAUAAGUAGUAACAUCCAUUUGACUUCUUAAACCCCCCCCCCCAUGUGUAGUACAGCAUGCUUAGCUAAAACAUGUAAAUUUAAGGACAUAGUUUAAAACAUCAUGAUGUGAGACUUUCACUUAACGACUAAUCAUUCAAAAAAAAUGAGCUACACAGAGAAAAUAGUUUUGUUAACAAGAAUUUAUCUUGUUUUGAAAAUGGUAGUAAAACUGUCAAUAUGUUGCAAAAUUAUCUUUACCUAUGUAGAAUCUGCUUCUUGCUGUAUAACAAUUUAACUUCUUCUUUCGUCUCUCUCAUGUCCGGUUAUUAACUCCUUCAAUGCCUUUCCAGAAAAUGAUUUGCCCUAUAAAAACUUCUAAAAGUUAAAAUUUAUAUUAAUACAUUGAUAAUUUGUCAUUCAGCAUAGGCAGAUUUGAAGUCAAUAUAGUUAAUACUAUGGCCCUUAAAGCAACAUUGUUUUUUCGUGUUUUCUCCCCUUAAAUGAGCCCUGAAUGGUCACAUUAUAGCCCAUUUACCUUUAUUUUGUGAUUUAUAAUUGUCACUUUUGCUCUGAAAGCAACACAUAAUGAAUGCAUUCUCUAAAGAAAACUAUGUAAACAUCAGGCAUUAGCUGUAAUAAUCCUUUCAGUGGGGAUGGGAGAAAGAGGUACGGUAAUACAAUGUGUGUGUAAUAUAUAUAUACAUACAUACAUAGACAUUUGGUUAGAGAGAAACAAAGUUAGCUCAUUAUUUUUUUUUUUCUUUUCACAUUCAGCUAGUAGGUUGUGUUUUCAGUUAGCAAAAUCAGUUAUUUCAUAUACUAAAAUAAACCUUUUGACAAUUGUACAUACGUACUCAGCAGUUUGUGUAACAAGUAAUUGGAAGCACAUUAAGGGGAACCCACUUUUACAGUACAGUGUCCCUUUAACCCCUUAAAGACAGCCUAAGUACCUUGAAACGUUAAUUGUGUCUGGGGGGUACAAUGAGCAUAACCAGUUUCAGAUAAAAUCUCUCCCAUACCCAUUGGGAGGUUAAUUUAUGCUGCUGUCCCCUGUUUACCAAGUAUUUAUACAGAGAAUAUAGCAGUAUUAGUAUAUUCAGUAUAAGGGAUGGCUUCAACAAGAAAAUCGGCUAUUUUCAAUUGCAAAAUAAAUGUUAAGGAUUUUUAAACCAUUUAUUACACUCCAGCAGGUAAGAUAUCACUAGGAAUAAAGUUUUACAGUACACUUGUUCUUUUAGUAUUGGAGGAUACAAAACAAUCCGUUUUAAGAAGAUUUUGUCUCUAAAUAAGGUACCCUCUGCUGUCUCUAAAAUUAGAUUACAAUGUACAUAUAUUUAUUGGUACAGAUGCUUUUUUUCAGCCAGAUGUAGCCUGCUUGUGUGGGGAGUUUCUAGAGUGUACAAGUCUGGGUAAGAAUCACUUGUUCAUAUGACAUCUGAAACAGAUUGCUAUCAAGUGUAAUUGCACAUUUCCUACAUAAACAGGAAGCAAAGGAAAUCAUCUUUAGAAUGAAGAUAUUCUACAUAUACUUACCAAUGGUAUAAAUAAUAUAAAUACAUUUUAUUGCAUUUAAACAUAAUUUUUUUUUUUUAAUUGUCAGCACAAUGGAACAAAACCAGUUGCGCUGCACAGUACUGAGCUUUUUUAUAAUUUGGAUGUUAAUACUUGUACAAAUAUUCAUCAAAUUUUCAAAUGCUUAGACUUUGGAAGUAAACAAUGUAGGGAAAUAUCCAUCUGUUUCAAAGUUGGAAACAAUCCAAGUUAAUGUAAAACUUAACACAAUUCAAAUGAGUCAAAUACUUUACAGUUUUGCACAAAAUCUUAAAGGGACAGUUAACACCAGAUUUUUUGUUGUUUUAAGACAUAGAUAAUCCCUUAAUUACCCAUUCCCCAGUUUUGCAUAACCAACAGUUAUAAUAAUACACGUUUUACCUCUGUAACUACCUUAUAUCUAAGCCUCUGCAGACUGCCCGCUUAUUUUUAUUUCCUUUGAUAGACUUGCAUUUUAGCCAAUCAGUGCUCACUCCUCGUUAAAUUCAUGUGCAUGAGCUCAAUGUUAUCUAUAUUAAAUACUGUACAUGAACUAUAGCCCUCUAGUGGUAAAAAACUGUUAAAAAUGCAUUUAGAUUAGAGGCGGCCUUCAAGGGCUAAGAAAUUAGAAUAUGAACCUCAUAUCCUGGGUUUAGCUGUCAACUAAGAAUACCAAGAGAACAAAGCAAAAUUGGUGAUAAAAGUAAAUUGGAAAGUUGUUUAAAAUGACAUGCCCUAUUUGAAUCUUGAGUUUUUUUGGUACUUGACUGUCCCUUUAAAACUUUUCAGUGAAUCCCAUUUAAAUUGAACUAUUAAAGGGAUGCUGCGGUCUUUUCAUGUAUGCAUAAUGUGAGCCAGCAAUUAAGCUUUCCCUUCCAAAAGAUCUAGAGAUUAAAUAUUUUUAAAGCAUUUAAAACUCAUUUUGUUAGGAUUUUUUUUUAUUUGUAGUUCAGUGAUACAUUUCAUGGAAAGUCUUGCAAAUUGUUUGUUUCUUUGUUUAUGACCAGUUAGGGACAUAUAUAAAACUCUUCCUUUAUAAAACUGAACCUUUUAUUUAAUGUUACAGGGUCAGAUCUUCAUUCAUGCAGAAUGCAAUACAGUCUCUCUGGGGCAGCUGGAAUUUUCAUGAGAGAAUGCCAAAUAAUGUACAUUUGUUUUUUUGUUGUUUUUUUCUCUACGCUUAAUCCAAUUAUGGGACAUUCCAUUUUGUGUUGAAUGUUAUGCAUUUCAAUUAUUUAAAUGUAUGUUUGCAGAAUCUGAUUCUUUUGAGAUGUUAAUUAGUUCAACUAAAUGAAGUGUUAUUAUAGCUCUACUUAAAGUAAGCAAGCACUUAAUUGUAAUCUAAAAUAUUUGUGUUAAGGGGAAAAAAUACUUUUCAAUGUAAUGUAUUUAUUUUAGCCCCCUUUUUAUCUAAUUUUAGACAGAAAAUUGUUUUCCUAUUCUAAGAACUGAUAGUUUACACAAAAGGCUUCACAUGUCUAAUCAUGGUUCAUAUCUGUCCCUAUUUGGCUUCAGUAUAGAUCACUGGUUUUCAAACAUAUCCUUAGGUCUCCCCAAAGGGCAAGGUUUUCAGGAUUACCUUGGAUGAGAGCAGGUAAAAUAACCAUGUUUACUAAGCAGCUGUGCUCCGGUUCAGAUAUGAGAAAAUGUGGACAGGUUUGAAAACCUGUGGUAUAGAUGAUUAGAUGAGGACUGCAGAAAUAAUGCAGAGUUUGUAAUCAUGGCGACUGUAGCUAGCUGCAUCUACUUGAGUAGCAAAUACUGAUUGGCUUCUCUGAAUAAGGCAAAUGGUUGGUGGAGUUUGUCUCCUGAAAAAUAAUUGCAGCAAACAAGAACACUUUUCAAACUCACCCAUUAUGUUUAUUGAAAGGCUGGGGGGGAAAAAAAAUCUUGAAAUUAGAGUGUUUACUGUCACUUUAAUGUGUUUCCAAUUACUUUUUUAACAAGCUACAGAUUAUUAAAUGUAUUUGAAAUGGAA